CCGCGGCGCCGCAUUGCCCUGCCGGCGAGCCCCGGGCGCGAGUCGGAGCCACUCCGGAGCAGCCGCUGCCCAGUGUCUAAACGUGCCCCGCUUGGUGCAGCCCCCCUCCCCGCCGCACACCAUGCCCAUGGAGCUGACGCAGAGCCGGAUCCAGAAGAUUUGGCUGCCCAGCGACCACCGGCCCGCGCCGCCCCGCCGAGCAUGUGGGCCGCAGCUAACGAAUUCCCCCACCGUGAUCGUUAUGGUUGGCCUUCCUGCUCGUGGGAAGACUUACAUCUCGAAGAAGCUGACACGCUACCUCAAUUGGAUCGGUGUCCCAACAAAAGUCUUCAACGUGGGAGAGUAUCGCCGAGAAGCCGUGAAGCAUUACAGCUCCUAUGACUUCUUCCGCCCCGACAAUGAGGAGGCCAUGAAAGUCCGGAAACAAUGUGCCUUAGCUGCCUUGAGAGAUGUCAAAUCGUACCUGUCAGAGGAGGGUGGCCAGAUCGCGGUUUUUGAUGCAACCAAUACAACACAGGAGAGAAGAGGAAUGAUUUUAAACUUUGCCAAAGAGAAUAGAUUCAAGGUGUUCUUCAUCGAAUCCGUUUGCAACGACCCCACAGUGGUUGCCACGAAUGUCAUGGAAGUUAAAUUGUCCAGCCCAGAUUACAGGGACUGUAACUCAACUGAUGCCAUGGAGGACUUUAUGAAGAGAAUCAAUUGUUACCAGUCCAGCUACCAGCCACUUGACCCAGAUGACUAUGACCGGGAUCUCUCUCUGAUCAAAGUGAUCGACGUGGGCCGGAGGUUCCUCGUGAACAGGGUCCAGGAUCACAUCCAGAGCAGAAUCGUCUACUACUUAAUGAACAUCCAUGUCCAGCCCCGCACCAUUUACCUCUGCCGACACGGCGAGAGCGAAUUCAACCUCAAGGGGCAGAUAGGGGGUGACUCGGGUCUCUCCAACAGGGGCAAGAAGUUUUCCAUUUCACUGAAAAAAUUUGUUGAGGAGCAGAACCUGAAGGACCUCAAAAUCUGGACCAGCCAGAUGAAAAGGACAAUCCAAACAGCAGAAGCCCUCAAGUUGCCCUACGAGCAGUGGAAGGCACUCAAUGAAAUCGAUGCGGGUGUAUGCGAAGAGAUGACUUAUGAAGAAAUCAAGGAACAGUAUCCAGAAGAAUUUGCCUUGCGGGAUCAGGACAAAUAUUACUACCGCUACCCUUCUGGAGAGUCCUACCAAGAUCUAGUGCAGCGCCUGGAACCAGUCAUCAUGGAGCUGGAGAGGCAGGAGAACGUCCUAGUGAUCUGUCACCAGGCGGUGAUGCGGUGUCUCCUGGCUUACUUCCUAGACAAGAGCGCAGCUGAAAUGCCCUACCUGAAAUGUCCCCUCCACACCGUGCUGAAGCUGACCCCCGUGGCCUAUGGCUGCCGGGUUGAGUCCAUCUGUCUGAACGUUGAAGCAGUGAACACGCACAGAGAACGGUCAGAGGAAGCAAAGAAGGGACCUAACCCGCUCAUGAGACGCAAUAGUGUUACCCCUCUAGCAAGCCCAGAACCCACCAAAAAACCUCGCAUCAACAGCUUUGAGGAGCAUGUGGCUUCUUCUUCUGCCGCCCUGCCAGUCUGUAUGCCCCAGGAGGUGCCCACCCAGCUGCCUGGACAACCUUUACUAGGGAAGGCAUGUCUACGAACUGUCUGUCACUUUCUCAAAGUUUUCUCUUUACUAACAUUUCCAAGAACAUGAAUAACUCUCAGAAGCAAUCAUGAUUUCUUCCGGGGCAGUGAAAGCCGACAAGAGAAACCAACUCCACUCCAUCAUCAUUUCUGAAGCUUGCUUGUAUCGUACUCCUCCAUUUGACUCGAGGUCGACCUUUGGCUGCUUCUACCAUAGCUGUUCAUCUGCGAACUUGGACUUUCUUGAAUGGGGGAGAGAGAAUUUUGAAAUGGGGGAAAAAAAGUGGAUUCAACAUCAAAUCCAUAGGCCAUUUUGUGUUUCCUCUCUGGUGUUUGAUCUACCGUAGCAAGCUGUACAGUGCUUCUAGUGCACAGAGUUUCUGAACUUUAUUUUUGUUUGUAAGCGAUGUGAUCUCCUCAUAGGGACGACCAUCUGGUACCGACUCAUCUUCGGGUUGCGAGGAGGUACACGGAAGUUGCAGGGGUAGCAGAGAAAUAUGGGGAGGACGUUUAAAUAUUCUCUUCCAUCGUAUCAGGCUCCUGAGAGACUGGCAGCGGUCAGGAACCUGUGUGCAUCCAGUCUCAUUGAUGUAUGUGACCUGACUGCAGAGAAGGCGGAGGCAGUGGUGUGAAAUCUUUGGCUGUUGGAGCCGAAUUUUGCAGCUGGUUUUAAGAAAAAAA